AUGAUUUAUGAUGAAAAAUCUCUAUAUGUCAAUUUAAGACAUCUAAAGAGACUUUUAGAUUUAAUGACAAGAGCUGAAUGUCCAAGGAAAAAUGGAGGAUUUAGUGAUGAAAAUGAAGCGAUUGAAUUGGUACAAGCUCCCGGUUUAGUACCAUCAGAAACCCGGAUAAGCUGUACCUACAUGUAUAAUGGUAAAUCAGAAGUGGAUCAAUUUUUCAGUGAUGAUAUGAUAAUUGUGCUCGACGAAAUUAUUCGACGAUUGAAACGUGAAGUGCGAGUUAAUUUAAUAGUUAAAACGAUAAAUUGUGCGGAUGAAGAUCAACCGAAAUGUUUGCAAUAUUUGCUGGAAGAAUCAUUCCAUUGGCUAAUUGUCAAUGAUCCGAAAGAGGGAGACAUAGUAUAUGAAAUUAACACGAAGCUUAACCGUAAGAAAGCAGUUAUUGAAGCAUCACUUCUAAAUAUACUCUCACAACAUAGUGUACAUGAUCUAACGAUAUACUGUAGUAAAGAAGCAGAUAAAGAAGUUGGUUUUGUACGGCGAUUAUCGGAUGAGGAGCUAGUGGCGAAGCAGCGUAAAUCAAAAGUAAUGAAAUUUAAAAAUACAAUUGUACGCUCUCCAUUAGAACUUAAUCUUAUCGAACCAUUGCUAUUAGAACGACGAUCCUUUGAAAAACCAUUGCAUUGGCAUCAAUUACAACAUAUGAAUGAAAGCACAUUAUAUGAUAGUAUAAGUAGCGAUCAGCUAACAUUUAUCCUAUUUUGGAAUAUCGAAAAUAUCAUAAGUAAGCAUACAUUCUAUUUAUGGGCAGAAGCUUCAAAAUCAUUAGUUUCACGUCAUCCAACAGUACAGUUCAGUGCAUUAGCAUGUCAUGAAUUUGAUGAUUUAUGUGAUGAUUAUAUUACAAAACCGAAUGAUUAUCAUACUGUAUUUGCAUAUAGAAGGAAUAAUAUUUUUGGAAAGACUAAAGAAUUGCGUGAUGCGAUGUAUUACAUUGAUUGGGUUCAACUUUUGAUUUUAUCACCAGCACAAGAAAUUCAUUCGGAUGAUGAAUUGAAGCAAAUUAAAAUGGGUAAAUUGGAAUCAUUCGAUGGAAUCAGACCUGCAAUAACAAUUGGCAUUUUUGAUGAUCGUAACGGUAAUGAAGCAAACACUUUUAUGAAAAUGGCUGAAAAUUUGAAAGGAAGAUAUCAUUUCAUGUAUUUAAUUAAGCAAAGUCAUCCUAAUACUGUUUACACUGUUCGAGUAUUGGAAAAACGAAAACGAAUUGAUUUCACAGGAAUUUAUGAAAUUCAAGAAUUGAUCAAUUUUGUUAUACGUUCAUCUUUGCCAUCUGUAAUAGAUAUAAGUAAUGGGUUUACAUCGGAUAUUUUAACUCAUCAAAUGCAACCAAUAAUUUUAUUUAUUGAUGAUGGAAACGAAGAUGAAAAGUUAAAAUUUGCGGAAUUAUGCUCAAAAUCAUCGUAUAUAAUUUGUACAAUUAUAAUUAACAGGUAA